AUGAAGUCCAGCUCAAGGUACUGCCCUCCUUUGGCUUUCUUUUUUCAAAAGCUAGUUAAUUCUCGGGGACAAUUCUUGGUGCCUGUAGUAUUUGUGACCAAUGCAGGGAAUUGCCUUCGCCAGAAAAAAGCUGAUCAGUUGUCUCACCUACUGGGAGUUCCAAUUUCACAAGAUCAAGUGAUGAUGUCACACAGUCCUCUACGAAUGUUCAAACGUUAUCAUGAAAAAUGUGUCCUUGUGUCUGGACAGGGACCACUUCUUGAUAUUGCUCAAGACCUCGGUUUCUGUCAGCCUAUUACCAUUGAAACAUUGAGGGAGAAACACCCUUUGCUAGAUGUAGUUGACCAUGACAGAAGACCUAACGUUCUGUACCCCUCUGCUGUGGAGCUUCCCAAGAUUGAGGCUGUUGUUUUGUUUGGGGAGCCAGUCAGAUGGGAGACCAACCUCCAGUUGAUAAUAGAUGUUUUGCUGACAAGUGGCUAUCCUGGAAAUCCGUAUCACCAUGAAAACUACCCUCACAUUCCUGUCCUUGCUUGUAACAUGGAUCUGAUGUGGGUAGCUGAAGCACAGUCUCCAAGGUUUGGGCACGGAACUUUUAUGGUUUGUUUGGAAAACAUUUACAAGAAGAUCACUGGCAAAGACCUGAAAUACGAGGCAUUAGUGGGCAAACCUAGUAAACUGACCUACCAGUACGCGGAAUACCUCAUCAGGGCUCAGGCAGCAGAAAGGCAGUGGAAGCAACCUAUUCAAACUCUUUAUGCUGUCGGAGAUAAUCUCAUGACUGAUGUCUAUGGUGCUAACCUUUACAAUCGCUAUCUUGAAGAGAACUCCAAAAAAGGUUCAAAAUCCCGGAUUCAGGCCCAGGUUGCUGGUGGCAGAGGAUCUGCUGCUCUCUCUCAGGAUGAUGAAAUAGGCAACAGCUGGGAGACUGAAUUAGCACCUGCAGCUGCUGCCCACUGCAGAUCUGUCCUUGUUUGUACUGGGGUUUACAACCCUCACACAGAGGUACCCUUGGAUACCAGGGAGAGCAUAACUGAAACGGUGUUCCAUGGCCACAGAGAUUUUAGGUUUGACCCUGAUUUAGUAGAACCAGAUCAUAUUGUACCAGAUGUUGAUGCUGCUGUAGACCUGGUCUUCCAGCUGGAGAGCUUUGCACCUAAUGGAGAUGACAUGAUUUCUUAAGUGCUAUGCUUUUCUUCCCCAAAAACAAACCGUGCUUUAAAACUGCCACAAACUGCUGCUUUCUAAAAUUUUUAACUUUUAAAUUGAUACAAUUUUAUAUAAGUCUAUCAAAUAUCAGUAGUGCUU